GGUGGGUGUAAUUUGACUAGUUGGCCUGGCCAACCUCGGCCGUUUUUGGUCGUUUGGCUUUUCUUGUUCAAUAGAUCGAGCUCAUUGCUGAGCGCGUCGGAGCCUCGUUACUGUGGCCUCUCUUCCCGCUCACAGACGCCAGUUUUGUUCGUCUCAGGCUCCUGACGCUCUUGCAUGAGUUGGUAUGGCACGUUGUAGGCAGGUCUCCUGCCAGCACUGCCAUCCACUGUGUUUGACAGUUAUGGGGCCAUGGCGGGCCACGCUUGGCGGUUAUCCCAGUCAAUAUCAGGACCAUCGAGGGGCCGAUGGAGAAGGAACAGGCCCCGAUUGAGACGUGGCUGCGUAGCUCGCGCGUUGUGCGUGCUUCUGCUGCCACUCUGCAUGUUCUUCGGAUGUUCGUGUUGGCUCUGUUCCCUGGGCGCGUCCUCGGUCGUGCCCUGGCCGCGCGGUGUCCCUGCAGGGCUGGCGCCCCGCGCUCGGCGCAUCCGCGUCCGACGCAGCUUACUCGACGCCAGCGCCUGGGCGAUGCAACAAAAAGGGGGUCGUCUGCACCGACCUGGGCUCGUCAGCUGCCCGCGUCAGGUCGCGCGUCUCCAGUGCGGCCUGCUGCGCUGGCGGCCCGCGCAGGUCGUGGCGCGAGGUCGCUGCAUCAUCUCGCGUACGACCCGCUUCUUCUCGUCGCCCACCAGUCCCUCGGCAUCGCCCGGACGUGUGCUUUUUUCUUCUGCGAGGACCAUGGAGGUGCAUCGAGGAUCACCUUGUCCGCGAUUAGCUGAAGUUGCAGAUGAACUGCUCGGCGGCCCUCCACCUUGGAGGGCCUACGUUAUGACCUGUAUUCCCCUGCAAGGCUGGGGGUA